AUUUUAUCGCACGGAAUUAUAAGUCAUCAUUACUAGCAAAAGUUCUAUAUCACACUUAUCGUCGCUAAGUGAGCGCAGCAUAGGUGGUAACCUACUACCUACCUGCCUAAUAUAUACAUUAUACAUUGCCCCAAAGUGACUUAACAAGUUUAUGGUCUCCUACGGCAAGACAAGGUGUUCCCAAGAUGCGCAACCUUCGCAACGUUCGAUAUAACGCUUGGAAGUCAUCGACCGAUUUAAACGAAGAGGUUGUCACAUCAGCAUGUUGGGACCCUGCCAAAGAUGAGGUCCUGUGCACUUUCGGCCCGAGCGAGAAAGAUGCACGUAUCCGUCUGGUAAGAAUCCUCGAACACGUGAGGGCCUCGUCUAUAGACAUCGAAUGUCAAGAUAUUGCAUCAUGGGAUGCGCCAAGUCCAAACCCAGAUUUGGUUGUUGACAGGAUCGUAAGCUCACAUCACUUCAGUGAUACUUUGACGACAUGUCUGGUCCUUGAAGGAGGCGAUAUAGUCGUCGUCCAAGAAUCAGACGGUCCGAACCCUCAAGAUGGAGUUCAUAUCGAGAUUGAAGGUUCCGUAGAUGAGGGUAUCGCAGCUGCGAGCUGGUCUCCGGACGAGGAGCUGUUAGCUAUCGCGACCAAAGCAAAUACGGUGAUCUUUAUGAGCCGUAGUUUCGAUUGUAUAGCGGAUAUGACUAUGAGUGCCGAUGAUCUCAAAGCAUCUAAGCACGUUUCUGUUGGCUGGGGUAAAAAGGAAACGCAGUUUCAAGGUAGAGGCGCCAAAGCUCUACGAGAUCCCACGAUACCGGAAAAGGUCGAUCAAGGAGUACUAAGCCCCAACGAUGACGGAAGUACAACCAUCAGUUGGAGAGGCGAUGGUGCAUAUGUCGCCAUCAACUCGAUAGAGAUUGGUAUCCGCCGAGUCAUUCGGGUCUAUUCCCGAGAUGGUGUUCUUGACAGCGUAAGCGAGCCCGUUGACGGUAUGGAGUCCGCCUUAAGCUGGAGGCCAGCUGGGAAUUUGAUGGCAUCCACACAGCGAUUCGAGGACCGCGUGGAUGUUGUAUUCUUUGAGAGAAAUGGUCUUAGACAUGGCCAAUUUUCCCUAAGAGCCCCUGAAGGCAGGUCAAUCUCAAAUGACCGAAUACAACUUGAGUGGAACUCGGAUUCUACAGUACUCGCCGCUAUGCUUGACGACCGAAUUCAACUCUGGACCAUGGGGAAUUACCACUGGUAUCUGAAGCAAGAAAUCUUUACACAGAAGCGCCCACUUUCACUUGCGUGGCAUCCUGAAAAAUCGCUGCGUUUUGUGUUGGCCGUUCCAGAUAAGCUAUUGCUUGCUGAGUAUAUCUUCGAGGUUACUAAAGGGUCUCUGACACCGCCAUAUGAUUAUGGAGCUGUUGCUGUCAUUGACGGAAAGACACUUAAGCUCACCCCCUUUCGGACAGCCAAUGUUCCUCCUCCAAUGGCACUAUUUGAACUGGAAACAUCAUCGCCAAUUAUCGAUGUGGCAUUUUCUCCUGCAAAUACGUUCAUGGCUGUUCUACAUCAACUUGGUGUAGACGUAUAUGAAUGGAAAAUAAAGGGGCAGCGUUCUCUACCACCAUCUCUGGUGGGUAGCAUUACCUUCGCAAGAGAUGAUUCGGCCAAUGGCUGUCUGUCUCUACAAAUAGCUGUUACCGAAAACAGCGUCGUCCAUUGUCUAGGGUUUGAAAAUGGGCCUGUGAUCCAGUCGCAUCCUUUUGAUCGAAUCACUGGUGAAUUCUCAUCUAACUCGAGCAUCUAUGCUGGUUCGAUGUUUGGUUUUGUACGUCUCACCCAGGCAGGAUCCACAGAGGUGCUCGUUCAAGAUUGCCUAGGUAGAUUUCAUGGUGUUGUCAGCCAGCAAGAUGAAUUGUACUCAGUCCGCCUUCCAGCCCAACUUCCGUGGAGUGAAGUUAUCGACCUCGCUGGAAACGUCAUUGCCGUCGGAUUAUCGCGAAACGGACAUCUAUAUGCAAAUUCUCGCCUCUUAAUGAAGAAUUGCACGUCUUUUCUUGUUACCCCAGCUCACCUAAUUGUCACAACCACUAGUCACUUUGUCAAAUUCAUCCAUUUGGUUGAUGUAGAGAGUUUGGAGGUGCCACCAGACGAUCCUGAGAAGGAUGAGAGGUGUCGAAGUAUCGAAAGAGGCGCAAGGCUUGUAACGGCUAUGCCUACUAAUAUGAGCCUGGUCCUCCAGAUGCCGCGUGGAAAUCUGGAAACGAUCUACCCCCGAGCCAUGGUUGUAGCGGGAAUUAGGCAACUUAUAGACGCCAAAGAUUAUGGAACAGCAUACUCAUACUGCCGAACUCAACGUGUGGACAUGAACAUUCUUUAUGAUCACAGACCCCAACAAUUCCUUGAUAACGUUGGGCUAUUCCUCGACCAAGUUGGAGACGUCUCAUAUAUUGAUCUCUUCCUUUCUUCAUUACGAAACGAAGAUGUCACGCAGACUAUGUAUAGAGAUACCAAGGGUGUGAGGAACCAAGAGUUACCAGAAGUUACCCCCAGCGAGGUUCCUACUGGAAACAGUCCAGACAAUUCAAAAGUUAACACUAUCUGUGAUGCGGUGCUGUCUCAUCUCCAGUCUCGCAAGACUAAGGAUCACGACACCUUGCAGAACAUUAUCACGGCCAAUGUCUGUAAAGUUCCACCAGCGUACGAGGAUGGACUAUUGGUCGUUGCUACUCUACUGCAAGAAGAUGAGCAGCUAGCCGAAAAAGCUGUCGAGCACAUCUGCUUCCUCGCCGAUGUUAACACCUUGUACGAUGAAGCUCUUGGCCUCUAUAACCUGGACUUGGCGUUACUAGUUGCGCAACAGUCUCAAAGGGACCCUCGAGAAUACCUCCCAUUCCACCAAAACUUGCAUCAAUUACCUGGCACGAGGCGGAAGUUUGCUAUUGACGACCAUCUUGGACGCCACGACAAAGCCCUAGCUCACCUUCAAACCCUCCAGGCACAUAAGGAAGCCCAAGACUAUACAGUAAAGCACGCGCUAUAUGCUACGGCCUUGAAGCUCUACCGUUACGACCAACUCAAUCUUACCAUUCUUACCGGUCUAUAUGCAACGUAUCUUGAGACUUCGUCUCGCUUCCGAGAGGCGGGUCUUACCUAUGAAUCUCUUCACGACUAUACAGGAGCUACGAGGUGUUACCGCGCUGCUGGUGCUUCCUGUUGGCGCGAAUGUCUCUUCACGGCACAACAACAAUCGCCCCCGCUGACUUCGGACGCCCUUUCUGACCUCGCAGCAACACUUGCGGAAGCCCUCUAUGAAGCCAAGGACUACGCGUCUGCAGCGGCAAUUCAUCUUGACCACCUUGACUCUCUCGAAAAUGCUAUCUCUUGUUUCUGCAAAGGGUAUCUGUUUGCCGAUGCUAUGCGUCUGGUAGCACGGCGGGGACGUCCUGAACUACUGACUAGUGCUGUCGAUCCUGGUAUCGCCGACUCGCUCGGUAGCAGUACCGAGUUCUUCGCAGACUGCAAGGCGCAGCUCCGCGCACAGGUCCCUCGUAUUAUGGAACUUCGCCGGAAAGCAGCUGAGGACCCGCUUGGUUUCUACGAGGGCGAACGCGCGGGCGCAGGCGACAUCCCGGAUGACGUGUCGGUGGCUGCUAGUUCGCGUAUCAGUACGAGCGCUAGCUUGUUCACGCGAUAUACGGGUAAGGGAGCAGGAAGCGUAGGUACGGCCGGAACCGGUGUCAGUCGCGCUACGAGCAAGAACCGCCGCCGCGAGGAGAAGAAGCGCGCCCGGGGUCGCAAGGGUACGGUCUACGAGGAGGAGUACCUUGUCAAUAGCGUUCGUCGACUAGUCGAACGUGUUGAGAGUGCGAAACCAGACGCCGAGCGCCUCGUCUUCGCGCUUGUACGUCGCGGCAUGCACGAGCGUGCUCGUGCUCUCGAGGCCCUCGCCGCAGAGGUAGCGGACGCGUGUAAGAUCGCUGUUAAGGAGGUGUUCGCGGGUGCCGGGAAUAAGCAAGCCGCCGAGGAGGGCAGAGGAGACGAGGAUGAGGAGUGGAGACCUAUGGGUGCGGAUGCGGUUCUGUACGAGAAUCUCGAGGCUAAGUGGAAGAAGCAGGAACCGCCUGUUGUUACGGCCUUCGAGAGGCUAUCGUUACUAGGUUCGUAGCAGGUUCGGAGGUAGUUAGGAAGUUAGGAAAGGGAAGGGGAACCAGGGCGGGGCAUAGAUAAAAAAAAGAAGAAGUUUACUACGAUGUAGGGAAUC